GCGAAAAUAUGCUUAGUCUCCGUCAACUCCUACGGGGAUAAAACCAAGUGUGUACGACGGGGCUAGGCUCCGACAGUAUUACAUAUGGAAAUAUGUACUACACCAUCAAACGUGUCAAAUAUGUCAAGAUUUCCGAACUAUCAAAAUCGAAUGCAGCGUAUACAACUAAACAAGAUCAACCAAUGUCACUACAUCAUCUAGGUUCGAUCAGAUGUAAGGGAAGUUUUGCGUUAGCUCCGAUUCUGAGCCGGACAAAUGCAGCAUCAACAGAUGUGACAACUUCGACGCGGAGAAUGGGGGAGUUUGUGCAUCAGUCUUUUCAUGCUCCAUAUUUCUACGGAUAUAAGUGACAUGGAGAACACAAAGAGUUUCGUUUGCAUCCUGUUUUAUCUUAGUACCCAGUAGAAUUCGGUUUGGUGAUGUAAUUGAAGCUGUGACGUUUGCUAUGGCAUGAGAGUUUCAAUACCUCAUGUUGAUAUUCCUCGCAGUAAAUUUACGUUAGGAUAUGCCUACAUUUGGUUGGUAUGGGACAAAACGUGAUAAGUAUAGAAUUAAGGAGUUAGUGAUUUCCCAUCCUCUUCCAUUGACAACCAAGAGCAACGGCAAGUGCAUAAUGUGUAGAAGCUCCUUGUGUCUCUAGAUUUGGAGUAUUUUAAAACUAUGGAUCUACUUUUUUAUGUUCAUGACGGGGAAAGUGGUCUUUGUGGAUUAAAAGACAUUGGA